AUGUUUAAAAGUGAAGGUAUCAGUCUAAAUCUGACCUCGGAUCUUGUGGCAGCCUUGUUGACUGCAACCGUUUACUUUUCAUAUAAUGCAAUCUACAACCUUUACCUCCAUCCCCUCUCUCACUUUCCUGGACCUGGUACCUGGUCCGCCUCACGGUUACCCUUUGCUAAGGCACUAAUCGCUGGCACUAUUGUUCACGAUGUCGAAAGAAUUCACCGUGAAUAUGGACCUGUUGUGCGAAUGGCUCCAAAUGAAAUUUCAUUCGCUCACAGCCAAGCAUGGACAGACAUAUUUACCGUCAGACCUGGCCAUUUACCAUUCCCAAAAGAUCCUGUCUGGUGGACAAGGCAGCCCGGGCAUCCAGAGUCACUCCUUAGCGCGGGUCCAGAGGACCACGCUCGCAUGCGCAAACUUCUUCAUCACGGCUUCACGCCGCGUGCGUUGAAAAUGCAGGAACCGAUUUUGCACAAGUAUGUGGGUCUGUUAAUUGAACGCAUGGGGGAGCGAGCACAGGAGACAUCAAAUGGAGGCAUCUUAGAUAUUGUUCCCUGGUUCAACUACACAACAUUUGACAUAUUUGGAGAUCUUGGCUUUGGAGAAUCAUUUGACUGCUUGCAACAUUCUCGCUACCAUCCAUGGAUUGCUUUACUAUUCAACAGUGUCAAAGCGGCUGGAUUCGUCAUUGCUGCCAGAUUCUAUCCAUGGGUAGAGAUUUUGCUUAUGAUGCUCAUUCCCAAAUCACUCAAGAAGAUGCAGAACGAUUAUUUUCAACAAAUUAAGGACAAGGUAAAUAGACGUCUCAAUUGGGAGCUUGAGAGGCCCGACCUCAUGUCUCACGUCAUCAAGCAUAACGGUACCGACAAAGAAUCAAAGGGCAUGACGUUGGAGGAGAUCCAGGUGACUUUUAUGAUCCUCACCACCGCGGGAAGCGAGACAACAGCAACUGUCUUAAGUGGUACUAUAAACUAUCUCAUGUCACACACUGAUAUACUUGCCAAACUCGUCAAAGAGAUACGGGAAACCUUUUCAAGUGAAACACAGAUUACCUUGGAAGCUCUGGAACAGCUCGAGUACCUCAAUGCCGUGAUACAGGAGGGCAUAAGGCUGUGCCCGCCUAUUCCUGUUAUGUUACCACGAGUAGUGCCGGAAGGUGGGGACACAGUAUGUGACAUGUGGAUGCCUGCAGGUACAAGCGUGUCUUUACAAUCUUGGACACUCUUCCGCGAUCCAAAAUGCUUUCAUAAUGCCACUUCUUUUAUCCCUGAGAGAUGGCUGCCCGAAGCAACGCAGCCAGAUUCGCUAUAUGCCAACGAUCAAAGACAAGGAGUCCAAGCAUUCAGUGCCGGGCCAAGAGUAUGUAUGGGAAAGCAUCUGGCUUGGGCAGAAUUGCGCUUAAUCAUUGCACGAUUGCUCUGGGCUUUUGAUUUGGAGGCAGCAGGGCAAGUAUUGCGUUGGGAUCAGUUGAGGACUUUCUUGCUCGUGGAAAAGAAGCCACUUGAAAUUAGAAUACGAGAAGCCACUUUCUCCAUACCAAACCAAAUUCCCAAAUGCAUAGCUAUUUUGGACAUUGCACCGAAAUACUUUGUAGUCGCAUCUAGCGCUGCGUCAAAAGUGGAGUUACAGGCCACUAGAUUCAAUGCUCAUGAUCGUGACAUGCCGACAGAUAUCACUACAGGUCAUCUCACUCAUGACGAUCGAUCAUCAAUCAUUGAAUCUCUACCAACACCAUCAGCUAUCACAUCACUGCACGCUUCAGCAACACGGAUCGUAACCGAAACGAGUGAUGGGCAUGGUGAGGAACCCGAUUCAAGUCAUAACGAUGAGGUGAAAAUUUGCCAAGAACUGACGACCGAUUCGGCCGAGAAGGUUGAAAAGGAUAAAAACGAAGUUCUCCAGAUUAUCUUGAAGAGAGACCUUAGCUCUACUCGGUUGAUCAAGAGUGUACAUGAUGUUGAAGAGAUGUUGGUGCCUAUCUCGGCUACAAUCGACGAUAUUGCCGCCUGUGUCCCAACCGUAAUCGGCCAGAAAUAUUUAACGAGUCGACUAGUCUUAUACCACGCAAUCGAAAGUUUUGAAUAG